CGACCAAUCAGAGAGGUGAAUGCUCCUGGCUACAGCACAGCAAGUCCACUUACUUCUCGAGCAGCUUGGUAAACUGUGCUACAUUGGAAUUAAGUGAAAUUUGAAUAUCGGUGAGCGUAUUCAGUAAACAUUUAGCUGUUCGAAGAGGCGAACACAGUGUUUUGACCGUGGUUGGUGCUCAGCCAGCGAAGUGGGAGCCAUGCCCGUCCCUGCUGGAUACAUCAGCGACUCACCCGCAGCGGCCUUCACAUCCUCGGCCUCACUUAUCCCGCCACCCCCUAUAAACACUCAGCAGCCCGGCGUCGUCACUUCGCUGCUGUACAGCGGCUCUAAGUUUCGGGGCCACCAGAAAAGCAAAGGGAACUCCUACGAUGUGGAGGUUGUCCUGCAGCAUGUCACAAUGGAAGAUUCCUACUUGUGUGGCUACCUGAAGAUAAAAGGGCUGACAGAGGAAUAUCCAACACUAACCACGUUCUUUGCUGGAGAAAUCAUCAGCAGGAAGCGGCCGUUUCUCACUCGGAAGUGGGAUGCAGAUGAGGAUGUAGAUCGUAAACACUGGGGUAAGUUUCAGGCUUUUUACCAGUAUGCAAAGAUAUUUAACUCGGACGAGUUUGACUACAAGGAUCUGAAGAACUCUGAUUAUAUUUUCAUGAGGUGGAAGGAGCAGUUUCUGGUUCCAGACCACACCAUCAAAGACAUCAGUGGCGCUUCCUUUGCUGGUUUCUACUACAUCUGCUUCCAGAAAUCCACAGCAACAAUUGAGGGUUACUACUACCACCGGAGUUCUGAAUGGUACCAGUCGUUAAACCUCACCCAUGUUCCUGAGCACAGUGCAGCCAUCUAUGAGUUCCGGUGACCGCCGUGGGCGUCAGGCGUCUCGUACUGGGAAGGCAGACAUCUGCGGAUGCUACUGAGAAGGAAAACGGACUCCCAACUUGGGGUUGAGAAGUUGAGACCAUCAGACUGUUGUGUUUUCUCUAUUGAAGCUGCUGAUGAGCAUGCAGGAUUCAGGACUAGUGAAUGUAUGGCCAAACGAAAAUGGGAGGAAGGAAAGUGCAUUUUUAACACUUGCCGGAUGGAGCGUGUGGAGUCUGAACCAGCAGCAGAGACUGUGAUCUCCUUUUACUUUGUUUUAAUGUCUGGUUUUAAAACACUUGGCGUCGUACAUCUACACAUUUUAUCAGCCUCGUUGGGGUUUCCUCAUCUCUGUUUGCAAGUAGGAACCUGUUCAUCCAACAAGAGUGAUGCACGCGUUCUGCUGGACAAGGACCCGUCUGCUCCGAUUAAAACCUCAACAGAAAACGGCCAAGUCAGAGGGGAGGAGAAGCAGAAGAGAAGUUUGUUAUUGGAGCUCGUUGAGUUUUAGGACAGGAGCUUUGAUGAGUCAAAAGCUAGAUAGACAGUAUUUUAAGCUAAACGGAGCUAAGCCAAGAGUAUAUUUUCUGGUUUUACUCUUAAUGGUGAAAGAUGAGGGGCACUUUGUAGAAGAUACAAUCUGCGAGAUUCCUGAAAGAAGCUUUUAUCUCCGCUCCACAUGGUCUUGAGCUCACGUUUGAGGUGAUCACAUAGGAUUGCUGUGGAUUUUCUUCUUCUUUGCACAGAUUAUAGGUUACUAAUGUUUCUACACACCCCGAUACUCAAACGGUCAAGUUGGAGUUUUACCUCGAAGAGUUCAGAGCCAAAAAUGGUCAGAUGAAAGGAGUCAAACCCUCUUCUUGCUUUUGACAUAAAAACUUUGACUCGUUUUGUUUUUAGUAGAUCCCUCCGUUUGUUUCCCCUCAACUAUGCAACACUUUAGAUUUCCAAACACAAGACCCUACGUCUUCAGAGGUGAAAUUUUAUUCUAUCCUAAUAUAUAUAAAUAUAUAUGUUAAAAAGUAUUCUCUUCAUGAAAAGAAAAUAUUUUUGUUAAAACGAUGACACACUCCUCCCAGAUCAUGUCCCUCUUCCACGUGACUGUGCCAUCUUUUUCGAAGCUUGCCAGAGUUGUGAAUACGUCUGGACUUGAUCAAUGGUGUGACUGUAACGAGUGGAUCUAAAGAAAACUAAAGCAAACCA